CUGUGACGUUCAGUGACGGAGUCUGUCCCGUACUGGCCGGCGGUAUCACUGCCCGCUGCCUACCGCACGUAGUUCUUGGGGAAGAGCUGGAAGAGCUUGCCCUCCUGCGUGGGCUCGAAGCCGUACUUCUGCAGGUUGUCGGGGUCGAACGUGCCGUCCUUCACAUCCUUCUCGAUGCGCGGAGCCACCAGCUGGUCGAAGAGCUGCUUGGCCGUCACGGGCGGCUCGGAGCCCUCGGGGGCGCGGUACGACACGUAGGGCCGCAGCUUGAAGCCCGUCAGGUCGGGCACGACGAACUCGGGCACCAUCUCCUUGACGAGGAGGAACUUCUUGUUGCGGACGUGGAUGAAGGGGACAACAGCACCAGCCUUGAGGCUGUGACAGGAGGUGGGACCCCCAUCCUGCAGUUUGUGGAGGACAGGAUCCAGACCACCAUGCUGACUGGAAUUGCAAUUGGAGCUGCAGUUGCACUGUUGCUUAUAGCAGUUAUUGUGUUUGUCGUGUACAGAAGAGUGAGACAAUCUAAACAACUCCAGCCACACGUGCCUCAGUACAGGUUUCGCAAGAGGGACAAAGUGAUGUUCUACGGGAGGAAGAUCAUGAGGAAGGUGACAACUCUUCCCAACUCUCUGGUUGGGAACACUGUCCCUCGCCAAAGGAUGCGGAAACGGGCAAAGGUUUUAUCUCUGGCUAAAAGGAUUUUGCGUAUUAAGAAGGAAUGUCCAACUCUGCAGAGGAAAGAACCUCCUCCUUCUUUGCUAGAGGCAGAUCUGACUGAAUUUGAUGUUAAGAAUUCCCACUUGCCAUCAGAAGUCCUGUACAUGCUUAAAAAUGUCAGAGUCCUUGGGCACUUUGAGAAGCCCCUGUUCCUGGAGCUGUGCAAGCACAUGUUCUUUGUGCAGCUGCACGAGGGCGAGUACAUCUUCCGUCCCGGGCAGCUGGACAACAGCAUCUACGUGGUGCAGGAUGGAAAGCUGGAAGUUUGCAUCCAAGAAAGUGAUGGAACAGAGGUGGUGGUGAAGGAGGUGCUGGCAGGAGACAGCGUGCACAGCCUGCUGAGCAUCCUGGAUGUCAUCACGGGUCACCCUGCUCCCUAUAAAACGGUCUCAGCCCGAGCAGCCACUCCAUCCACAAUACUGAGGCUUCCAGCCAGUGCCUUCCAGGAUGUGUUCCAGAAAUACCCUGAAACCCUUGUGAGAGUGGUGCAGAUCAUCAUGGUGAGGCUGCAGAGGGUGACAUUCCUGGCCUUGCACAACUACCUGGGGCUGACCACAGAGCUCUUCAGCUGUAGCCAGGGCACCCCUCUGAUCUCCGUGAGCAGCGUCGCCGCUGGCGGCAGCGCCAGCAAGGCGGGCAAGAGACCAACGCCCAGUGCUUUGGAGGAGGAUCGUGGAGAGAAGUUUGAAAAGUCUGGGGAAGCCCUGGAAAUGGGUAAUGCUUCUGGAAACAUGGAGGAACUGGCCUCUGGGAUCUUCUUGAAUUUUUUUAUUGUGUUUGUCGUGUACAGAAGAGUGAGACAAUCUAGUAAGUAUUUGGUAACCAUGUAA